CUGAGCUCGUCCUGAGAUCCGCAAAACCUGAUGGAUCCAUAUCGACCAAACCCUUACGCUUACCAGCAACCCCCACCCAACGCUCCUAAUCCAUAUGGACGACCACCGCCUAUGAAUCAAGGUCCACCUCCAGGAUACGGCGGUCCACCUCCUAUGCGACCUCCAUUCGGUGGACCACCACCCAUGGGAUCACAAUACCGUCCUCCAGGUGGCCCUUUUAUGUCAGGACCACCGAAUGCACAAUCGCAUGGUCCUCCUGCAGCAGACAAUAGCAAACUUACCACUUUGUUUGUCGGUGCCAUUGCCCCUGGCAUCAGUGACGGAUGGAUUGAAGCUCUUUUGAAGGAAUGCGGUGAAUUGGUCAAUUGGAAGCGCUUGAGAGACCAAACCGGGAAGCCAAAAGGAUUCGGGUUCGCCGAGUAUGCUGAUCCAGACAGCGUGUUGCGAGCGCUGCGCGUUCUUGGUGGCGAAGGUGGGUCCCCAGGCGUCACGCUUCAGGCACUUGACGGAAGCGACAUCAAAAAGAAAUUAAUUGUCAAAGCUGAUGACAAUGUCCGAAGGUACCUUGACCAACAUCAGCAAUCUCGCGGAUCCAACCCUCAAGAUCAAGAGUUUGAUACCAAGGCAGAGGAAGCAGUCCGCCGACAUGUCGAAGCCAUGCUCACUCGAUCAGAACCAGGAACAGCCGACAUUGAGCAGCAUGCCGCUCCAGCUGGAAACGAUGAAGCUCAUACUAAUGAUCAGCCAAACGAGAUGGACGAUGAUAUAACGGCCGAACAGAAAGAUGUUAUAUCCAAGGAAAUCGCCUACUUCCGCGAACGAGCCGCACAGCGAGAGCAAGAGAAGAGACGAAAAGAGGAAGAAAGACAGCGUGAAAGGGAUAGAUUAGAAGCUGAACGACGAGAACGCGAGUCACCUUUUGCCCUUCCUUCAGGUCCAUCCAGAGACCAUAGCGGAAGCAGCCACCACCAUAUGCCUCGACAAGCAUUUGUGCGAGAAGCGGCCCAUGAUGACGGUAUGAUGGACAUUGACGAUGAAGAUGAAGUGGAAAGAAGACGACAAGAGAAGAGAGAACAGGAAAUGGAUAUUGCAUUCCGCGAGCGUGAACGACGAUGGGAACAACGAGAAGCCAAAAUGGCUCGCAAUUACGAACGUGAUGCUAACAAGGAAUUGGAAAUCGCUGAGCGAGAGAAACUAGACAAAGAAACCAUGGCUGUUCGGUUAGCGGAAUGGAACGACGACAGAGAGGCUGAAGUUGAAGAUUUUUAUAGAAACCGUGACAAAUGGCUCUCCCGAAGAGGCCCUGUUCGAGAUCGCGAAGCACAGGCAGACGAUCGCGACCGAAAGCGAGAACAGGAUGAAAUUGAAGAACAGAGACGGCGUGAAGAGGAAGAAAUCAAGAGCGGUAAAGGGCUUGCAGCGGGAGCCAAGAUACAUACCAAAAUCAGCUUUGGCAAAGCUAUCAAGCGACGAGCCAAUCUUGUUGGUGGUGAAGAUGAUGAGGAUGACGAUGAGACUGCCAAGAGAAAGAAACGCGUCUUGGUGCCUUUGGACUAUGGUGAACUCGAUCACCCAGACACUGUAGGCAACCCUGAGGAGCGUAAAAGGAAGGUCAAGCAGCUUAUUGAUUCCAUUCCUGCGUCACAAGAAGGUCUUUGGAGCUGGCAUAUCAAAUGGGAUGAAUUGGAUAAUGAUACACUAGAAAAGAAAUUGAGACCAUUUAUUUCCAAAAAGAUCGUAGAGCUAUUGGGUGUCCAGGAAGAUGAAUUGACCCAGUUUGUGCUGGACUUUUUAAAGAAGCGGCAGCCCCCUAAUGCAUUGGCAAAAGAACUUGAGAUGGCAUUGGAUGAAGAAGCCAGUAUGUUUGUCAUGAAGCUGUGGCGUAUGAUCAUUUUCGAGACAGAGAGUCGAGCCAAGCGGCUAUGAACUCCAUUUUGUAAUUAAUAAAAUCGCAUCGAGCCCACCGUUGUUAUUAAAUCACUGGUAUUUUUAUUUCAUUGUAAUUUUUGGAUGUGAUGCAGUAAUAGUACAAUAUCU